CCAACCUAAGUGUUGCAGCAGCUGGAGACGUAACGAGGUCCUCCCUCCGCUUCAUCCAUCCGGUGAGGGACGAAGAGACAGACGCAGGAAAACAAGAGAGUAGCAGCUCACAAGCUAUGAUUUUCUUCGUGUUUCUGCUGCUCCUCGCUCCAGACAUACUGCUCUCCUCAACACAUGUCGCCGUGAUCUCCCCUCAGGAUCCCGUCCUGAGAAUUGGCUCUGGUUUGACGGCCUCCUGCACGCUCAGCCCAGAGCUGGGUCUCCACGCCAGCUCCUUGUAUUGGACUCUGAACGGAGUCCACCUGUCCAGCAGCACCUAUAGCGCCGUGUCCUCCGACAUCCUGAGCAUCGAGCUCCGCAGCCUGAACGGCUCCCAGCAGAAGUCUGGAGACAACCUGAUGUGUCACGGAGCAGACGGACGGAUCCUCGCUGGUUCUUGUCUCCAUGUGGGAAUGCCUCCAGAGAAGCCAGUAAAUUUAACAUGCUGGUCCCACAAUGCAAAGGAUUUGAGCUGCAGGUGGAGCGUCGGUGGGCAAGGAGAGACACACAUCCCAACCAAAUACACCCUGAAGUACAAACUGAGGUGGCAUGGGAGAGAAAACGAGUGUGAAAAUUACAGCUCAGAGAAGAAGGGUUACGCUUGUCGCAUCUUGGAAAAAAUCGCUCUCUUCACGCCGUAUGAGAUCUGGGUGGAGGCCACCAAUCAGCUGGGCUCAGCUGCCUCCGACAUCAUCUCGCUCGACGUCCUGGAUGUAGUGACAACAGACCCUCCUGCUGACGUGCGACUGAGUCGCAUCGGCAGCCUCGACGACCAGCUGAUGGUCCGCUGGGCCAGUCCGCCCGAGCUCAAGGACUUCCUGUUUCAGGCCAAAUAUCAGAUCCGCUACAGAAUGGAGGACGGCGCUGACUGGAAGGCGGUGGAUAACAUUGGGAACCUGACGUCAUGCCGGCUGGCGGGCCUCAGGCCUGGGACCGUCUACUUUGUCCAGGUGAGGUGCAACCCGGUGGGGAUCUUUGGCUCCAGGAAACCUGGAAUCUGGAGUGACUGGAGCCACCCGGCCGCAGCCUCCACACCCAGCGGAGAGCUGCUACAAAGAGGCUCCUGUGAUCCUAAAGCCGGUGAGCAGAACUCCGCCCUGCGGCGGGAACUCAAGCAGUUCUUCGGCUGGGUCCGCAAGCACGCCCCGGGCUGCGGCAGCAUGUCGAUCAAACUGUACGAUCAGUGGAGGGUGUGGCUGCAGAAAACCCGCAAAACACGCAACCAGGUUCCACGAAGCAAUAAUUCAUAGCCCGGGUACUCUGGAGUCUAACCAGUCGUCGUGGUUCCAGUCGGGUAAGAAGUCCAGGAUUUGAAGAUUUGAGCCUGACUUUUAAAAAGAUUUGUAAGCCAGCAGAGCCGGACCAAUGUAUAGGCAAACUAAGCAGCUACUUUAUUCCCCAAACCUAAAGGGGGAAUCCACAAGAGUACAGAUUGUCAAAGAUGUUUACAUUUUAAGGUGAGGCUUGAAAUGUAAAUCAGGAAUGUUGAACUGUACGUUUUUUUUCUAGGCCAAAUGUUUAGUUGUUGAACGGAUUCAUGUUUUACUAAGUAGCUGUUUGUUUGCUCUGUCUGGCUACUUGCCACACAGAAGAAGAAAAAUACACUAUUAUAGUAAUGAUUAUAGCUGAUACGGUGCCUCCUUAUGGAUAUUUUCUGUUUUUGUCAGAUCAUGAAACAGAUUUUAAUAUCUGACAAAGACAACAUAAUGCAGUUUUCAAAUAUGGGGGAAACUAUCAAAACAACCUGGCUAAUUAAAUGAGACUCAACUUUCCUCCAAAAAAACUCCUGGAAGUCACAAAUUAUCUGCCAAUAGAGACAAAUUACUUUCUCAAACAGGGUCAGGUUGUUUUUUUUCCCUAAUAAUUCAUCACUGUGUCAAAAUAAAAAUAAGCCGAUUGUUUUUUUUUACUUGGGUUAUCCAUGAUAACAUUUGGAGAGGUGUGCCCGAUCAAACUUUUUUUGGUUCCCUUGCAGCUCUUUGUGUUUCCUCAGUUC